AUGAGUACAUCUCUAAAUUACAAGUCUUUUUCCAAGGAACAGCAGACGAUGGACACCCUGGAGAAGCAGCUUAUCUGUCCCAUCUGUUUGGAGAUGUUCACAAAACCUGUGGUGAUUCUUCCAUGUCAGCACAACCUGUGUAGAAAGUGCGCCAGUGACAUUUUCCAGGCCUCAAACCCAUACUUGCCAACGAGAGGAGGCACUACAGUGGCAUCGGGUGGUCGAUUCAGGUGCCCUUCCUGCAGGCAUGAAGUGGUUCUGGACAGACAUGGGGUAUAUGGACUUCAGAGGAACUUGCUGGUGGAAAACAUCAUUGACAUAUACAAGCAGGAGUCCACCAGGCCAGAAAGAAAGUCAGAGCAGCCGAUGUGUGAAGAGCAUGAAGAUGAACGCAUCAACAUUUACUGCCUGAGCUGUGAAGUACCUACCUGCUCCAUGUGCAAGGUCUUUGGGGCUCACAAAGAUUGCCAGGUGGCUCCCCUCACACAUGUUUUCCAGAGGCAGAAAUCCGAGCUCAGCGAUGGCAUUGCAGUGCUCGUGGGAAGUAAUGACCGAGUCCAAGGAAUAAUCAGUCAGCUGGAAGAGACGUGCAGAAUUGUAGAGGAAUGUUGCAGAAGACAGAAACAGGAGCUGUGUGAAAAAUUUGAUUAUCUCUAUGGCAUCCUGGAGGAAAGAAAGAAUGAGAUGACACAAAUCAUUACAAGGAGCCAAGAGGAGAAACUGGAGCAUGUCCGGGCACUGAUUAAAAAGUAUGCAGAUCAUCUGGAGACAGUAUCCAAGUUGGUUGAGUCAGGAAUUCAAUUCAUGGAUGAGCCAGAAAUGGCAGUCUUCUUACAGAAUGCCAAAACGCUGUUACAAAAAAUUUCUGAAGCAUCCAAGGCAUUUCAGAUGGAGAAAAUAGAACACGGCUAUGAAAACAUGGACCAUUUUACAGUCAACCUCAAUCGAGAAGAAAAGAUAAUAAGAGAAAUUGACUUUUACAAAGGUAUAUCACCCACCAAAAAUGGCUCAGGUGGUGUGGGGAGGGAGGAGGAAGAGGAGGAAGUGGCCGAAGAAGCAUUGGAAGAUGUCUGUACAGAGUCAUCAGGGGAAGAAGAAAAUCCUGGGAUGGUAUCCCAACUCUCUCCACCAGAUGCUGAGCACCAGUCUGUACCUGAGGCACUUCCUGUUGCAUCUGAAGAACUACCACCUACCCCACCAGCCGCUGCGGGGGAUCUUGAAACUCAGGGGGAGGUGGUGCCAAGUGGUGCUCAGCAGACUCCACAGUCUGAAACUCAAGUACUGUCAACAGCAUCGGAUACCCUGGAUCCCUUGUUUUAUCCUAGUUGGUAUAAAGCCCCCAAACGGCAAGGCGCCAACCCAACUUCCACCCAAGUGAGUGAAGGUUCGGGUCAAGUAGGGCCUUCAGUUUCUGUGGAUGCCAGUGGCCAGAAGGCAGAAGAGGCAGAAACCACCACAGCAUCCAAUGAGAGGGAAGCACUGAGUGGUAAGGAAGCUAGUACCACUGCAGCCACUUCUCAGAUCAGGACUGACUCCUCUGCUCCCCAGGGACAAGUGGAAGGUGCUUCAGGGAGCAGUGAUGGAGCUGAGAAUGAACCAGCCCGCCAUAUCUUCUCUUUUUCCUGGUUAAACUCUUUGAGUGAAUGAUGUUCAUUCCAGCAGCUACCUCUCUGCCUGCUUGGCUAAGGGACAAACAGAGGCAACAGGUGACCUAGAUGAAAUGAAUAUGAAGUACUGAAUGAAUGGGACCUCUGAAUGAUUUUUCUGCAAAAAGCUUUGAUUCCAUGUUAGUUACCUAACACUUAGAGGGGGUGGGGAGAGUACUUUGGGGAACUUGCAGCCACAA